AUGGAGGAGGCAGUACCCGAGAAGCGAAUCGGGUCGCUAAUUAACUCCGAAAUAAAACAGUUACGAAAACGCGAAGACGAGUUGUACGAAUCCAGAAAGGAACUUGGACUGCCAACGCUAGAGGAAAUGAUGGAGCAGUGGAAGCACGGUGUUCAGACUGCGACGUUGAGACCUACUGCCCGUUAUGACCAUGCGAAUACCCGAACGAAACCUGUCCUGCGGCCAUCACAAGUGAACUCACCUCAUGAUUCCUUGGAUUGUUAG